UUGUUGCCAUGUUUAGCAAAUAUCAGACCGGCGUUGCCAGGCGACUGAAGAAACCGGAAGCUUUGGCCAUGCUUAUGAAUGAGUUCGCCCUGAAUGAAAUCGAGGCUCAAAUUUUCUUCCAAAUCUUCGACAAGGACCAAAACGAAGUGUUGAGCCUCUGGGAGUUCCGGCAGUUCAACCAGACAGUCGGGACAAAGUAA